CUUGCACAGUGGCGCGGCUGGAAGCAGAGCGGGGUCCCUAGAUUUUCCUUUCGGUUUCUGACGCAGCGAUUCAUUGUAUCGGGAAAUUAAAUUCGAUGGCACUCAUCCAGAGGCUGUCAUGAGCGCCCAGCCCGCCGAUGGUUAAGAUACACCCUCCGCAGGGCAAUGGAUCGCCUUCGGACAGCGCCUACUUGGUGGCCGACACCAUGCGACCGCCGGACUCCGUGCGGCCGAACGCGGCCAAGAGCCCCGAGAGCAACCCGGACUUUGCCACCAUCCGGAUCGUCAGCCGGGUUGUGCUUUUCGUGCUUCGGAAGUGCUGGAUGGUGUGCGGAGUCUCGUUCGUCACCAUAUUCGUCAUCUACUGGUACUGCAGCAGCAUCCUAGCGCUGCUCCUGCUAGUCUUCGCAAUUACAGGGCUGGUGUACCAGGUGGGCGACUGGCUGCUGUACCACCCGGAGCAGCCAGCCCAUUCGCGCCUGUAUGUGCCCUCGCCGAGCAUGCUGGGCCUGCCGGCUGAGAGCCUGCAGCUGAAGACACCCGACGGGGUCACGCUGCAUGCCUGGCUCAUCAAGCAGCCGCCCGAGGUGUUCAGCCAGGCCCCCACCCUGCUUUACCUGCACGGCAAUGCGGGAAACAUUGGGCACAGGCUGCCGAAUGUAGGUGGCCUCUUCCACCGCUGUGGAUGCAACAUUCUGCUGCUCGAGUACCGAGGCUACGGUCGCAGCGAGGGCACUCCCAGCGAGGAAGGGCUGUACCUGGAUGCACAGGCAGGCCUGGAGUUCCUGCUCUCGCACCCAGGGCUGGACCAGACGCGGCUGCUGGUGUUUGGUCGCUCGCUGGGGGGAGCCGUGGCACUGGACCUGGCCUCACGUCCUGACCAGGCCCAGCACCUGCUGGGUGUCAUUGUGGAGAACACCUUCUCCUCCAUCCCCGAGAUGGCACGCGUGCUCUUUGGGUGGCGUCUGCUGCGAUGGCUGCCUGACUUCUGCUACAAGAACCAGUUCCGGUCCAUUGACAAGGUUCCUAAGGUGACGGUGCCCAUACUGUUUGUGUGUGGCCUGUCAGAUGCCCUGAUCCCACCUUCAAUGACACAGCGGCUUUAUCAGAGCUGCUCUAGUCCAAUGAAACGGCUGGUGACGUUUGAGUCUGGCACGCACAAUGAGACAUGGGAGUGCCGCGGUUACUACCAGAGCCUCUCGCUCUUCAUCAAUGAUCUGGUUGCCAACAGCCAUCUGCAACGAGGUGCCUCAGAGUGGCCUGUGGGCCACACAUGCAUUCACGUGCCAGCUGAUGUCAUCUAAAGUUACACCGCUCGAUCUCUGCACAUUUGCAUUGGAAAUCUGUUCAAGAAUAUGCCUUGCCUGCUUCAUGGUUGCCAAUAAAGUGCACUUUUACUUGCAUUUUUGCUCAA